AUGUCUGACGAUGAAGAAUACUAUGACUGGGAAGAGGAGUUCCUCUUCGAAGACGUUGCGACUGAUGUGGCGGAUGAGCUCGCCGCCACUGCCUACUCCGAAGCCGCCCUAUACGAACACCCGACGAUCGAUCUCGAAGACUACCCCAGUGACUGGGAUUACUACUCCGACGACUACUACGAUGACGACCCAACCGCCGAGCGCAGCACCACCGAAGAAUCAAGAGUUGCUGCGCCCACGACCGCCUGCAGCCUCGAUCUUGCCUCGUUCCAGGGCGUAGUGUGGAAGACACCCGGUCUAAAGAAGGACCAGGACACCGCGAUCGAAAUCCACGAGCCCGACUACGGGGAGAAAGUGGCGCUGCUGAAGAACUGGCGCGAGAUCUUCAAGUCGGCGCAGCCCGCUACGGACAAGUCUCGACUACGCUCGCAGCCUGGGAAUGAUUCGCGUCACGAGGGUGUGUCUCUGUCGGGUGAGGACACCCCUGGCGUCCCUUGCGUGGCUGGUGAGAAUCCGGACCACGAUGAUUCGGACCCCAUGUCUGACGUCGUAUCCCUGGAUGCCCAUCCCGAGAACGCGAAUGCCAGCGAGUGUGGCCAGACUUCUUGGGAACAUAUUCAGUCAUCUACUGAGCCCCCGAGUGCCACUGCCCCCUUGCCCGCCAAGAGAGGCCGCAAGCGCAAAGCCGACGUCUCGACCGAGGCCACCAGCAAGGACCAGCCCAAUAAAACUUCCGUUCGGUCUCGUUCGAGGCGAGCUGCGGCCGCCAAACCAGGUGGCGAGAGGCAGUCGCACGCUUCUGGUCCGACGCGCAAGUCGGCCAGACAGAAGAAAUAA